GGGGCCCGUCGGCGGCGAAGUAGCUAGCUGGGGGCAGAGACGGCCACGCGGUUGCAGGAGUAAGAGAUCCCCCUGUGGCGAAUUGGCCAACGGCUCCUUUCAACCCUGCCUCGUUGGUGGCCACUGGAGAAGCGCGGGGGGCUCCCCAGACAGCCGUGGGGACAAGUUAGAGCCAGCACUUGACCCCGGGCCUCGCGUGUAGCUUCCCUCCCCCCCCCCCCCGCUCUAGGUGCCCCGGUGUCUGGAGGGGGGGGGUGCGGGUGCGGGGGUGUGCCCUCCGUACACGUCCCAGCACCCGGGCAACCCUCGGGGCUUGUGUUCCAUCUCGCUCUCGCUUCCUGCACGGUGGUCGAGGGGAACCACUUGGCAUCAUGUCCCGGUAUAGCUACCAGAGUCUCCUGGACUGGCUCUAUGGGGGCGUGGACCCCAGCUUUGCAGGCAAUGGGGGCCCCGACUGUGCUGCCUUCCUCCCUUGGCAGCAGCGGCUGCUGGAAAGUGUGGUGGUCCUGACCCUGGCCCUGUUGGAGAUCCUGGUGGCCCUGCGGCACAUCCUGAGGCAGACGAAGGAGGACGGUAGGGGUGGCCGUGGCUGCCAGCCAGAUAAGGUGACCCAGCGGCCAGAGGAAGGCAAGGAGAGCCUGAGCAAGAAUCUGCUCUUAGUAGCCCUGUGCCUGACCUUCGGGGUGGAGGUGGGCUUUAAGUUCGCCACCAAGACCGUCAUCUACCUGCUCAACCCCUGUCACCUGGUCACCAUGAUGCAUAUCUUUCUCCUGGCCUGCCCUCCAUGUCCUGGGGCUAUCGUCGUCUUCAAGCUCCAGAUGCACAUGCUGAAUGGAGCGCUUCUAGCUCUGCUGUUUCCUGUGGUGAAUACCCGGCUGCUCCCCUUCGAACUGGAGGUUUACUACAUUCAGCAUGUUAUGCUCUACGUGGUACCCAUCUACCUGCUUUGGAAAGGAGGUGCUUACACCCCAGAGCCCCUCAGCAGUUUCCGGUGGGCCCUUCUCUCAACUGGCCUCAUGUUCUUUUACCACUUCAGCGUCUUGCAGAUCCUGGGCCUGGUCACCGAAGUGAAUUUGAACAACAUGCUGUGUCCGGCCAUCUCAGACCCAUUCUACGGCCCCUGGUAUCGCAUCUGGGCCUCGGGACACCAGACUCUCAUGACCAUGACCCACGGGAAGCUGGUCAUCCUGUUCUCAUACAUGGCUGGGCCCUUGUGUAAAUAUCUGCUGGAUUUGCUCCGGCUUCCAGCCAAGAAAAUAGACUGAAGGUGCUUGUCUUCUUCUUUUUUUUUUUUUUUUUUUUUCCUCCCCGAGGAAGCAAGUCCUGACUUGACUUGGAGAACACCCAGUUCUUGACGAAAUCAUGGGGAGAGGGCAGUAGGAUGUUUGGUGUAUUUCUUUUUCCUUCUCCUCUCUGUCCCUUUCUUCCACACAUGCUUCCUUCCCCAGCU